AAAUUUCUCUCCCUAACUUUUCCGUUCUUAUUUUAUCCAUUUUCUGAUUUAAAUAUCUCUACCAGAGAGCAAUUAAUGAGAAUCGGCUUCAAAAUCGCCGGUCGUUCUCAGUUUCUUCUUUUGAUGGCUUCGAUUUCCAAAGAUAAGAUCGAUGCAUUUAAAGCUCUGAGAUUCUACUGAUUCAUCAAUUAAUCGAGUUUCUCAAGAAGACGAUGGGAAGAGCUCCUUGCUGUGAUAAACAAGGAUUGAAGAAAGGACCUUGGACGCCCGAAGAAGACGAGAUCCUCGUUGAAUACAUCAAGAGUAACGGAUAUGGAAGCUGGAGAUCUCUUCCUAAGCUUGCAGGUCUACUUCGUUGUGGGAAGAGUUGUCGACUUCGGUGGACGAAUUAUCUGAGACCAGAUAUUAGGCGUGGUCCUUUCACGGUCGAAGAAGAGAAGACUAUCAUCCAGCUGCAUGGCAUGCUCGGAAACAGGUGGGCUGCCAUAGCUUCCCAAUUGCCAGGAAGAACGGACAAUGAGAUCAAGAACUUCUGGAAUACACACUUGAAGAAGCGUCUCGUCUGCAUGGGACUAGACCCACAAACCCACUGCAAGAAUUCUACGGGGUCCGUUGCCAAGUCAUCAGCAUCCCCAUCAACACGCCACAUGGCACAGUGGGAGAGUGUCAGGCUUGAAGCCGAGGCCCGUCUGUCCAAGGAGUCCUUCAUCCCUAACCCCAACCCAUCAUCAUCAUCGUCAUCUUCAUCCUCCAGCCCCAAGAAAUCCGACUCUGACUAUUUUCUCCGGAUCUGGAACUCCGAUAUUGGAGAAUCAUUUCGAAGGUUCAGCAAGCGAGAGCCAAUGGUGGUGGCGUGUCAGAGCUCCCCCAUUUCUCAGGCUUCGACAUCAACAAAAUGUGGGUCAGGGGUGACAAUAGAAGUGGCCCCAAGCAGCGACGUGGCAGAUCGACCCGAGGAAGUGGAGUGCAAGAGCUGCAGUAGAUCAGCUGGUGGCGGAGAUGACGCCGUGGAAGGAGGAGGAGGAGGAUCGUUAGAAGCGUCGAGCUCCAAUGAAAUGAUGGCAGAAAUGGAAGAUUUGUCGGAAGAGACGUCGUUGCGACUGCUGCUGGAUUUCCCAGGUCCAGGGAGUGAUGAGAUGGGCUUCUUCCAGGGACAGAUGAUGAUGAGUAAUAUUUCUCUCUUCCCUACCUUGUUGAACGAAACCUCCUCCUAUUGAGAAUUUGGUUGGAGCUCUCCUUCUGUUUUUGGUUUGAAGGUAAACGUGUUUCAGGGUCUUUUUGUUAGCUUUUCCAGUGAUGUUGC